AUGGAUCAAGAAGCACAAAAGAGAAAGGAGCGUCUUGCUGCUAUUCGAAAGAGAAAGUUAGGAAGCGCUGCUCAAACUGACCGUACUGCAGAAGAAGCAGAGAAAACCCUCAAGUUUAGAAGCUAUACACCCAAUGACGAAAAAUUAAAACAACAUGUCGAUAUUGCCCAGCCCAUUGACAUUGGCAACACACUAGAAACAGAAACCAAAGAUUUCACAAAAGAAGCAUUAGCACAAGCUGCAGAGAAACAAAAUGAAGAAGUGGAUCUAUUCAAUCUAGCACCAAAGAAGCCUAAUUGGGAUUUGAAGAGAGAUGUUGAAAAGAAAAUGGAGAGAUUAGACCGUAGAACACAACGUGCAAUCUAUGAAAUCAUUCGCCAGCGAUUAGAAGGGGACAAGGAUGCCACAUUAGCUGAAAAGGUAGCAAAUGCUGAAGCAACUCAAAAGUUUGAAGCCGAAAACCAACUACAAGACGAUUAA